AUGGUUGAUGGCGUCAAAUUUGUCAAUGACAAUAUGGAUGUUUGCGAUCAGUUGUUGGAUUUCCUAAGUAGCGAGAACAGCAACUACAAUAUAAUUUCUGCUAUUGGUCCCCAAGGUGCUGGAAAGUCAACUGUCUUAAGUAUGAUUGGGGGGAAUAAUUCUCAGGAUAUGUACAGGCAGUACAUAUUUCGUCCCGCUUCUCGUGAAGCUUUGGAAAGUUCUCGGCACCAGACCACAAAGAUCCACGCAUAUAUCACCAAGUCAAAGCAGAUCUUCUUGGAUUGUCAGGUAACUCAGUUGUGUUUCUGUAAACAAUGUCUCUAAAU